UGGCUGCCUACCCUGUUCUACCCCGCCCUUUGGUCAGUAUCAAAUACUAGACUAUCUUUCACUUUCGAGUCACUGGUGACGGAGGAUGGCACCGAUUCCGAAGACCGUGAGACAGAUCAAGCUAGCCUGCCCUCUGCGGUCUGGCUGCACACUAGGAGUCGCUGCUGUCCCCAGACUCUGCCAGGAAUUCGGUCCAGAGGACUACGGCGAAGAGGACAUAGUGGAUUUUCUUCAGCGGCUUGUGGCAAGCGAUCCCCAGGGCCUGCACCGGAUCCGUGUGGAUGGGAGCAGCGGGCGGCUGCAGCUGUGGCACCAUGAUGACUUUGUGGACCAUUUCUGUGAUGAGAGAAAAACAACGGGGCAGAGUGACAGGGACACAGGGGCCAAGGGACCGGGCACCUACUGCGGUCUCCAGAAGUCCUUCCUGUGCCCUCCCCGCGGAGCCGAGCCCUGCCCGCCAAGCCCCUCUGCCUCUGCAGCCUGCCACAGUGUCUCAGACAGCCUGCUGCACAUGGCCAUGCCCCAGAAGCUCCUGGUGACCGAAGAGGAAGCCAACCGCCUGGCUGAGGAGCUGGUGGCUGAGGAGGAGCGCCUGAAACAAAAAGCAGAGAAGAGACGGCUGAAGAAGAAGCGUCAAAAGGAACGAAAGCGACAGGAGCGCUGGGAGCAGGAUAGAGGGGACCCCAAGGCCAAGGCUAGCUCAGAUGGGGACGGGAGCCCCCCGUGCAGUCCUGGGAACCCCGCUCCGACACAGGGUGGUGAGGAAGAGGACCCACUGGAUCUGUCCAGCACUUUUGUGUCUCUUGCUUUGCGCAAGGUUGGGGAUUUGCCUCCCAGUGCCCGGAGAGAAAAGGGACAGAGCCAGGAGCCCCAAGACAGGGGUCCGGAGCCCCAAGGCAGGGGCCAGGAGCCCCAAGACAGAGGUCCGGAGCCCCAAGGCAGGGGCCCAGAGCCCCAAGAUAGGGGUCCAGAGCCCCAAGGCAGGAGUCCGGAGCCCCAGGAGAAAAUGGGCCCAGAAGAAGGAAGCCCUUCAACAAAGGAGAGGCCGAGGCAGAGUCCUAAGGCGUCCCCGGGACUGCUGGCGGCUGCCUUACAGCGGAGCCAGGAACUGGCAAGUGAGAGCCUUCUUCCUCCUCACCCCACCCUCCCUGCAGUCGCCCCCGCUGAACUUUCCCACCUGCUUUCCUUCCCAGAGCUGGGUACCAGCUUUGCUCAAAAUGGUUUCUACCAUGAGGCCGUGGUCCUCUUCACCCAGGCCUUGAAACUUAACCCCCAGGACCACCGGUUAUUUGGAAAUCGCUCCUUCUGCCACGAGCGGCUUGGUCAGCCCACGUGGGCCCUGGCCGAUGCCCAGGUGGCCCUUACCCUCCGACCCGGCUGGCCCCGGGGCCUCUUCCGCCUAGGCAAGGCCUUGAUGGGAUUGCAGCGCUUCGGGGAAGCAGCGGCUGUGUUCCAGGAGACUCUGCGGGGUGGGUCCCAGCCUGACGCCGCCCGGGAGCUCCACUCCUGCCUUCUUCAGCUCGCUCUGGAUCAGCAAGGAGGGAUCCGUGUGCCAGCUUUGUCCACGGGGGUCUCCCAGCCAUCUCCUGUCCCUGAGCCAAGAGCCUCAGGCCUGCUGACCCUCAGUCACCCUCGAAGCACGGUUCCAAGAGCCCCAAGCCUUUUGUCUCCACCCUUGCAUUAUCCCCCAUGUCACUUGAGCCACCCCAACUGGUCCCUCCCACAGGCUCAGAGUAGAAGACCCCAUCCAGUCCACCUCCAGGAUCCCUCGAAAGGCUGGGACAUCCUGGGACUUGUGUCCCAGUAUCUACCUCAGACCAGAUGAGGGAGGACCUGUCUCUCCUAGGGUUAGGCCGCAUGUAAUCCCACAAGGGGACAUGUAUGUACAUCCCGUAAGUGUCCCCACGUAGGGACACUAGUGACACCACUGCGUAUUUGGAGACCUCGUACUCUAAAUCCAUAGUUAAGGACAUUCCUGGCCAUCAUCCCCCUUGCCUCUGAGAACCUUCCAGUGAGAGAACGGAGUGACGUGUCCACUGAGAUCUUUUCUCUGGUUCUCAAGCAGAUGGCUUCUUCUGGGGCCAGCAAGGACAAAUAAAACCUGUCAAGGCUCAGGAAGGGAACUAAACAUACACCGUCUGUCCAGGUGACAGGCUGCAGCAGGGUCAGCAGGACAGCGAUGGGGUCUUGCUCUUCUCCUCGGCCCUGGGGGCUCCCUCACCACCCUGCACUCUGUGCUCAGGAAUGGGGCCACUGUGCCGAAGGAGGCUGGAGGCCCUGCCCUGGGCUGGAUGGAGGCUGGCCUCUUCCUAGCCCUCGUUCCCGCCCUGCUUUCUCUAGCCUGGGCCCCAGUGUGCUCCCAGCCCCUUGUGCCCUCCUCCUGUCCACAUUGCCGUGCCCACUCGGACCACUCCUUUGCUCUCCUCUCCCACUGCUAGAAGAUUCUGCAGGCUUUGUAUUUUGUAUUGGGAAGGUCUCCCUCCGACUCUGCAGCCUUAUCUGCUUCACGAAGGCUGUC